AAGAGCGGCGUGGGGAAGCGCUACGCUCCCGAGCGGUGGAGGGAGGGAGGGAGAGAAGAAGGAGGCGGUGGAACGAGCUCGGCUCCGUGGGCCGAAGGUCGGGCGAUGGAGGAGCACGGGGAGCCGUCCUACAGCGGCCGGAGCCCCGCCUGGGAGGAGCUGGAGUCCGGGAAGAUGGCCGGGGCCGAGGCGGGGAUGAGCGGAGCCGGGAUUCAGCAGCAGCCCCAGCAGCAGCCCCAGCACCCGGCGGCGGACGAGUCGUCGGACAGCGAGGGGGAGCAGGAGGGCCCCCACAAACUCAUCCGGAAGGUGUCCACCUCAGGGCAGAUGCGGAGCAAGGUAAGAGACGAGGAGGGGACCGGAGCCCGUCGCCUCCUCCCCGCCCCGGCGCCCGACGGCGUGGCCCGCGGCCGCAUCCCGCUGCCCCCCGACUGAGGGGAGCCAGCCGUGCCUCUUCCUUCCUCCUCUCCCCUCCCCUCCUCCCGGCCAGCUGCUGCUGCGUCCACAUCUGUCCCCGCUGGCAGGAAGCCCCCCGGGGCGGCGGGGCCGGAGGGGAAGCCGCCUGCCCGUAGCCGGCAGCCGCCCUGCCCUGCCCACGUCCUGGGUGUGGGGGAAGCAGCCUCCCUCUGCUCCUCUUCCUCAGCCGCAUCCCGCUCCGGCCCCGAGGAGCCCCGCGGAGAGUCGGUGUAUGUAAAGCAGCUGUCAAAGUUUCGGGGCAAUGCGUUUUGCCGCCCCGGUGGGAUUGUUGGCUUCACUUUGUGAUGGAUGGUGCUUUCGCAUCACUGUUUUUCCUGUGAAAUUAACUUCGGCCAGCACGUGUUUAAGGUUGCUUUUCUAUAGAGACGUAACCCAAGCAGAAGGAUCCCGUAAUCUCUUGCAAAGCACGGUCCAAGUUCCAUGGAUGCACAAAAGCCAGCUGAGGUCAUCCUCAGGCGGAUGGCACGUAGGGCUUGGGUUCUGCACCACGGCUCACAUUGCCUAGUAAAGUUAGCAAGGAUCUGCUCGUGUGUUUAUGUGGGUUUGUGCUCCUCGCCCCUUCAGAUCCACACACAACAGCCAAAGUGCCUCUCAGCAAGAAGCGUUCGUUGCUUAGAGUUGACAUUAUCCUGCUUAUGUGUAAGGUGCUAAGCCAUUUGUUCCAUAGGAACCUUCAUGAGCGGCAGUUGUCACUGCCUUUUGUUUCUAAAUGUAACUUUGCAGUUGUGAUUUAUGUUACCUGCUAAAAUAACCCUUCAGCCAGGCCUAACUGCUGUUACGCUGCUCUGUAAGUUGCAUGCAAACUUCCAGCUUUAACAUCACUCCUCUACGGUGAUUUUGAAAGGGCAGAAGUGAUGCUGUGUUCUCUCUGCUGGUGCUGGGUGUGUGCAAGGCUUUGCUGUCCCAACAGCUGACACUUGUGUAAAAAAAACAUGGGGAUUCUGUUCUGUUGGAACAGCUUUGUGGGCAUGGGAUCCUGGUGAGUUCUUACUCAGUGUUAUGGGAUGGUGGGGUAUCAAGGGCUGUGAACGAAUGGCAAGAUGGUCUUCUUUUAAGGCGACUCUGGAAGUGAUGCUUUCGUUUAUCUUAGUUUGCAUCCUAGUUAUAUUUCUCUGAAUUGGAUUUAUAUGGGAAACACUGACUACAAGGCGGAAUGGUUUUAAACUGAGACAGGGGAGGUUUAGGUUAGAUAUUAGG